AAGAAAAUCCACAUCAAAAGAAAGAAAACGUCCGUUCACGUCAGAAAUACUAGGGAUAAAAGCUCUUAAAAUUCAUUGCUACCCAACAAAAAAUUAUUAUUCUCCAGUAACCAUUACCAGAAGGAGUCCUCGCCAACGACAAGAUACCUUGCCGACAGUGCGCCUGGCAGACCACCGCCGGAGAGAUGGCAAUGGCGAGCUCCAAGUCCGAGGAUAUUUUGGGCGAGAAAUGGGACCGCUGCGUCGCUGACACUCUCAUCAAGAUAGGUGGGGCUCAGAGUUCGGGACUGCUGUUCACUGCGAGGGUUAAUUUCGUCGUUUCUUACGAUUUGCAAUUAUAUUUAUUGGGGGUGGCCUCACUCUUGGAGUUGUCUUCUCUGCCAUUGUCUUUAAAAGACGCCAGUGGCCAGUCAUAUUUGGUGUCGGAUCUGGCUUUGGAAUGGGUUAUGCCAAUUGCCAACAUGAAUUUAACCAACCAUUCCUGGUCAAAGCUGAUAAAGUAAUUGUGAAACCAAAAGCACCCACCACCCCAACUGAGGCCCAGUGAUGCUUUGCUUGAUAUAUGUACAUUCAAUCUAGAUCCCUAUUACUGUAUAUAGAGUAUCUACACUCUAGUAAAUCGGAGCAAUUAUCAUUUCCUUACAUAAUCGCAGCAUUAUAUGACUAAGGAUUCUUAGGGUUAUUGAACAAUGGCUUGUAACUUAUGCAUUAUGUAAAACCUUUAUCUUUUGUAAAUAACAUCAGUUGAAAAAAAACAUGUUUUUUAUUCCCC